AUGUGGAACUCGGCGGAGAACGUGUUCUCCAGGUCGGCGUCGUUCAGGGAGGAGGAUGAUGAUGAGGAGGCUCUGAGGUGGGCCGCUUUGGAGAGGCUGCCGACGUACGCGCGAGUACGAAGGGGAAUUUUUAGGAACAUGGUUGGUGACUCCAAAGAAGUGGAUGUGAGCGAGCUCGAGUUGACCGACCAAAAGCUUUUACUCGAACGGCUUGUUAAGUCUGCUGAUGAUGAUCCUGAACGGUUCUUUGAUCGUAUGAGGAAACGAUUCGACGCAGUAGAUUUGGAGUUCCCGAAGAUUGAGGUUCGGUUUCAGAAUCUAACUGUUGAAUCUUUUGUCCAUGUUGGGAGCAGAGCAUUACCAACCAUUCCUAAUUUUAUUUUUAACAUGGCUGAGGCAUUUUUGAGACAGUUGCGUAUCUAUCAAGGAAGGAGAAGCAAGUUGACUAUAUUAGACGAUUGUAGUGGGAUUAUAAGGCCUUCAAGAUUAACGCUACUAUUGGGUCCUCCAAGCUCUGGGAAGACGACAUUAUUGUUGGCUCUGGCCGGAUGCCUUGGAACUCAUUUGCAGAUGUCAGGGAAAAUCACAUAUAAUGGACAUGGACUGAAGGAAUUUGUUCCUCCUAGGACAUCUGCUUAUGUCAGUCAACAAGACUGGCAUGUUGCGGAAAUGACCGUGAGGGAAACACUUGAAUUUGCAGGACGGUGUCAAGGUGUUGGAUUUAAAUACGAUAUGCUUUUGGAACUUGCAAGAAGAGAAAAGAAUGCUGGGAUAAAACCUGAUGAAGAUCUUGACAUCUUUAUGAAGUCACUAGCUUUAGGGGGAAAAGAGACAAGCCUCGUGGUAGAAUACAUCAUGAAGAUUUUAGGGUUGGAAAUAUGUGCUGACACAUUGGUGGGAGAUGAAAUGCUUAAAGGGAUAUCAGGGGGGCAGAAAAAGCGGCUAACAACAGGUGAAUUACUAGUUGGGCCAGCUAGGGUGUUGUUUAUGGAUGAAAUAUCAAACGGGCUUGAUAGUUCUACUACUUAUCAAAUUAUUAAAUAUCUGAGACAUUCAACUCGUGCACUCGAUGGGACUACUGUAAUUUCUUUGCUUCAACCGGCUCCUGAGACUUAUGAGUUGUUUGAUGAUGUUAUACUUUUAUGUGAGGGCCAGAUUUUGUAUCAGGGGCCUCGUGAUGCAGCCCUUGAUUUCUUUGCUUUUAUGGGAUUUAAGUGUCCUGAAAGAAAGAAUGUGGCAGACUUCUUGCAAGAGGUUUUGUCGAAAAAGGAUCAAGAGCAGUAUUGGUCUGUUCCUUUCCGGCCUUAUCGCUACAUUCCUCCAGGAAAAUUUAGCGAAGCUUUCCAAUCCUAUCGAACUGGGAAGAAUUUACAUGAGGAACUAAGCAUUCCAUUUGAUAGGCGUUAUAACCAUCCAGCAGCAUUGUCAACUUCUCGCUAUGGUGUGAAGAGAAGUGAACUUCUUAAGACCAGCUUUGACUGGCAGAUGCUACUGAUGAAACGGAAUUCAUUUAUCUAUGUUUUCAAAUUUAUUCAGCUUUUUAUUGUUGCCUCAAUCACAAUGAGCGUUUUUAUGCGGACGGCACUGCAUCAUAAUACAAUUGAUGAUGGAGGAUUAUAUCUAGGAGCACUUUACUUUUCCAUGGUCAUUAUUCUUUUUAAUGGAUUUACAGAGGUUUCAAUGUUGGUAGCCAAACUUCCUGUUCUUUACAAGCAUAGGGAUUUGCAUUUCUAUCCAAGUUGGGCUUAUACACUUCCUUCUUGGCUGCUAAGUAUUCCAACUUCCCUCUAUGAAUCUGGUUUCUGGGUGGCAAUUUCAUACUAUGUGAUUGGUUAUGAUCCUAACUUCACCAGAUUUCUUCGGCAGUUCUUGUUGUAUUUCUCUCUGCACCAAAUGUCUAUAGCUCUUUUCCGUGUGAUAGGAUCCUUGGGCAGAAAUAUGAUAGUUGCCAACACCUUUGGAUCUUUUGCUAUGUUGGUGGUCAUGGCUCUUGGAGGCUAUAUCAUUUCAAGAGAUCGCAUCCCUAGCUGGUGGAUCUGGGGUUAUUGGGUUUCUCCUUUGACGUAUGCUCAAAAUGCAGCUUCUGUCAAUGAAUUCCUUGGAAAUUCCUGGGAUAAGAGAGCUGGAAACUACACUAACUUCUCAUUGGGUGAGGCAUUGUUGAGAGCACGCAGUUAUUUUCCAGAGAGCUACUGGUAUUGGAUUGGUGUUGGUGCUUUGCUUGGAUACACAGUCUUGUUCAAUAUCAUGUUCACAUUCUUUCUGGCUAACCUUAACCCUCUGGGGAAGCAACAGGCUGUUUUCUCCAAGGAAGAGUUGCAAGAGAGAGACAGGAGAAGGAAGGGUGAAAAUGUUGUUACUGAAUUGAGACAUUAUUUGCAGAAUUCAGGCUCAUUAAGCGGAAAAUAUUUCAAGCACAGAGGCAUGGUUCUCCCAUUUCAACCACUUUCUAUAUCUUUCAGCAACAUAAAUUACUUUGUGGAAAUUCCUGUGGAAUUGAAGCAACAAGGGAUAAUGGAAGACAGAUUGCAGUUGUUGGUCAAUGUUACGGGAGCAUUUAGACCUGGUGUGCUUACAGCUUUGGUUGGUGUCAGUGGUGCUGGUAAAACUACACUUAUGGAUGUUUUAGCUGGUAGAAAAACUGGAGGGGUCAUAGAAGGGACCAUACAUAUAUCUGGUUAUCAGAAAAGGCAAGAGACUUUUGCGAGGAUUUCAGGUUAUUGUGAGCAGAAUGAUAUUCAUUCUCCUUGUUUGACUGUUCUUGAAUCACUUAUAUUCUCUGCUUGGCUUCGGUUACCAUCAGACGUUGACUUGGAGACACAAAGGGCAUUUGUUGAGGAGGUAAUGGAACUAGUGGAGCUCACUCCAUUAAGUGGGGCAUUGGUUGGUCUGCCAGGAGUUGAUGGCUUGUCCACUGAACAACGGAAAAGGUUAACUAUUGCUGUAGAACUGGUUGCAAACCCUUCUAUAGUCUUCAUGGAUGAGCCUACAUCAGGAUUGGAUGCUAGAUCAGCUGCCAUCGUAAUGAGGACUGUGAGAAAUAUUGUGAAUACCGGAAGAACAAUUGUGUGCACUAUCCAUCAGCCCAGCAUAGACAUUUUUGAAUCCUUCGAUGAGCUUUUAUUUAUGAAGCGCGGAGGAGAGCUCAUAUAUGCUGGUCCACUUGGCCCCAAGUCUUGUGAACUCAUAAAGUAUUUUGAGGCAGUUGAAGGAGUGCCUAAGAUCAGACCUGGCUAUAAUCCUGCUGCUUGGAUGCUUGAGGUUACUUCGCCAGCUGAAGAAAGCAGUUUGGGCAUAGACUUUGCAGAAAUUUAUCGAAUAUCAAAUCUAUUUCAACGCAACAGGGAGUUGGUUGAAAAUCUAAGCAAGCCAAGUAGCAAUUCAAAAGAAUUGAACUUUCCAUCCAAGUAUUCCCAGUCAUUUUUUGAACAGUUUUUAACAUGUCUUUGGAAACAAAAUCUAUCUUAUUGGCGAAACCCCCAAUACACAGCAGUUAAAUUCUUCUACACUGUUGUCAUUUCAUUGAUGCUAGGAACAAUAUGCUGGAAAUUUGGUUCAAAAAGGGAGAGCCAGCAAGAUUUAUUCAAUGCCAUGGGGUCCAUGUAUGCUGCAGUCCUCUUCAUUGGUAUUACAAAUGGGACAGCUGUUCAAUCUGUUGUUUCUAUUGAGAGAUUUGUUUCCUAUAGAGAAAGAGCUGCAGGAAUGUAUUCAGGCGUAGCCUUUGCAUUUGCUCAGGUUGCCAUAGAGUUCCCUUAUGUAUUUGCACAAUCGGUAAUCUACUGUUCAGUUUUCUACUCUAUGGCCUCAUUUGAGUGGACUGCUUUGAAAUUUAUUUGGUACAUAUUCUUUAUGUACUCUACUUUGUUAUAUUUCACCUUUUAUGGAAUGAUGACGACUGCUAUCACACCAAAUCACAAUGUGGCUGCUAUCAUUGCUGCUCCAUUUUAUAUGCUUUGGAACCUUUUCAGCGGCUUUAUGAUUCCCCACAAGAGAAUCCCUAUAUGGUGGAGAUGGUAUUACUGGGCAGAUCCCAUGGCCUGGAGUUUGUAUGGCCUUGUGAUUUCACAGUAUGCGGGUGAUGAAAGGCUGGUGAAAUUAUCCGAUGGAGUUCACUCCGUGCCUACGCGGCAGUUACUCAAGGAGGUAUUCGGGUAUAGGCAUGAUUUCUUGGGUGUAGCAGCUGUUAUGGUGGCUUUUUUUGUAAUGUUUUUCGCAUUGAUUUUCGCUUUUGCAAUAAAAGCCUUGAACUUCCAGAGGAGAUGACAAAGGUUUGAUCUGUAUGCUAACAAUAAACCAGUCUGGACUAGAUAUGGAGUAUGCAUUUGUAUCUCAUGCAUUGACAAUUAAUAUGUUAGUUUUCUCUUAAACAUGGAAGCAGAAAAAUCUGUAUAGGAACAUUCUAUUCUGUUUAUGGUGGAUAGUGAAAAUUUUUAUUCUUAUUUGAAGUGUAGAACAGACAACAAUAGCUAUAUUUUUCGGCACUGUUAUAUUUUCAUAUUUUAUAUGACCUGAUUAAUAGUAAAUUAGUCUGUGGAUGAUAGAAAGAAUCGGUGGUUGCUGGAUGAUAGAAACAUCAAAAGUUUACGUUUUAGCUUCCUAGAAUUCUUUCCUUCAUGGUUAAAGUAUUUUUUUUCUCUUUUUUUUUUUUUUAUAAUAAACUAGAAUUUCACUUGCGUUUCAUCACCAGGGGUUGUUUUUUUAGGUUGUAUUUGGAUUCCUCGAGUCCAAUGUAUUGAAAAUAAUGUUUAGGCAACAUCAAUGUGGUGUGGUGGAGUCCUUCGCACCGUAUCACACCCCUUAGGUCAGAGACUUUUUGGGUCCAGUGAAAAUUCUUCCCUCCUAUGCAUCCCAUUGUUCAAUCUAUGCCUCUUUUUUUUUUCCCCAUUUUU